AUGUUUCAAUUGCGCCAUGACAUUGUCCAAGUCCUAUGCAAGUUUGAGAUGAUAUUUCCUCCAACUUUCUUUAUAAGUAUGAUGCACGUGAUGGUUCACUUGCCAGAAGAGGCAUUGCUUGCUGGUCCUGCUUCUCGGAGAGCUAAAAAAAGUGUACGCAACAGGGCGAAGCCCGAAGGAUCAAUUAUAGAGGCUUGGGUUCAAUAUGAGUCGCUUACUUUCUGUGGAAUGUAUUUAAAAGAUGUGGAGACGGCUUUCAAUCGUCCUCAGCGCAAUAAUGACGGAGGUAUGAGAAAUGAAAAACUUUUUGUUUUUGCCCAAAGCGCACGACUUUUUGGAGAUCUUGGACGAGGAGAGUCAUUUUCUAGAAAUGACAUGGAGGUAGCGCAUUGGUUCGUAUUGAACAAUUGUGAUGAGAUAAUGGCAUACUUAGAUGAGCAUGAAGAGAUGAUGAAGCGAGAACAUCCUUCACAUUUGGUUGCCCAAAACACCGUGAAUUGUUUCCACAAUGGUUUUUGGAUUCUGUAA